UGUACCGUAUGAAAGCGUGACAUUUAACAGCUUAACAUUAGGUUGUUUUGUAGGACAUUUUAAUGCUUUAGUCAAACACAAAUUAGGCGUUUAUUUGCCUGAUGAAGCCAUAAACGUCACUGCUUUUACCGUCACGGUGUCUGCUCCGUGCUGGUGAGACAUGGCAGUCAUCAGAAGCUCAGCCUGGGUCUGAGGGAAAUGUUUGGAAGACAAAUAGACAGUAAAUACGCGCUUUGGGGCAGUUAAAAUUAAGCAAAAUGAUUUCGGGAAGGUUUUUAUUCAUUGCUGGACUCCGGUGCUGCAGGUGUAGACUGAGCUGGCAUGGCAAAAGACAUUACAGCUUUCUUCCAGAUGAAGUCAAAUCCCUGCGCGCUUUGGCCAGCCCUGAUAUAUCCAAGAUCCGAAAUAUUGGCAUUAUGGCCCACAUCGACGCCGGAAAGACGACAACCACAGAAAGGAUGCUUUACUACUCGGGCUAUACAAGAGCACUGGGAGACGUGGAUGAUGGGGACACAGUGACAGAUUUUAUGGCUCAGGAGCGGGAGCGUGGCAUCACUAUACAGUCAGCAGCUGUCACAUUUGAUUGGAAAAGUCAUCGAAUAAACCUCAUAGACACCCCAGGACAUGUUGACUUCACUCUGGAGGUAGAGCGGGCACUUCGUGUUCUUGACGGAGCCGUUGCAGUGUUUGAUGCUUCUGCUGGUGUUGAGGCUCAGACUCUGACCGUGUGGAGACAGGCAGAGAAGCACCAUGUUCCCUGUGUUUGCUUCCUCAAUAAGAUGGAUAAACCUGCAGCAAACUUAAAUCUUUCCAUUGAGAGCAUAAGACAGAAGUUGAAAGCUAAUCCGGUCCUCCUGCAGAUUCCUGUCGGUGGCGGCAAAAACUUCAUGGGUGUGGUCGACUUGUUAACCAACCAGAAGCUGAUAUGGAACUUAAAAUCCACGAGAGAUGAUGACGGACGAAUUUUUGAGAGCAAACCUCUUGACCAGUCGGAUGAGCCAGAACUCCUGCAGCAGGUCAGCGAGGCCAGAACGGCUUUAAUCGAGCAGGUGGCUGAUCUGGAUGAUGAGUUUGCUGAACUGUUGCUGACUGACUUUAGCGAUAAUUUCGAUGCCGUGCCCUCCAGCAAACUGCAGGAGGCUGUGCGGCGGGUUACUCUGGCCCGGAAAGGCGUCCCGGUGCUCUGUGGGAGUUCUUUAAGAAACAAAGGUGUGCAGCCUCUUUUAGAUGCCAUCACCGCCUACCUGCCUGCUCCCAAUGAGCGACACCAUGACCUGGUGCGGUGGUAUAAGGAUGACUUAUGCGCUCUGGCCUUCAAGGUUGUCCAUGACAAGCAGCGUGGUCCUCUGGUAUUUCUCAGGAUAUACUCUGGUACUCUGAAACCACAGACUGCUGUCCACAACAUCAACAGAAACAGCAUUGAGAGGAUGAGCAGGCUGCUGGUGCCGUUUGCUGAUCAGCAUGUAGAAAUCCCCUCGAUGACGGCAGGAAACAUUGCUCUGACUGUAGGCCUGAAGCAGACAGUCACAGGUGACACCAUCGUCUCCUCAAAGGCUUCUGCAGCGGCUGCAGCCCGCCGAGCCCAAAAUGAUGGCGUAGAAGCGGGAAAGAAGCGUGGGGAACAUGCCAGUGUGGUCCUUUCAGGGGUGGAGGUUCCUGACCCUGUCUUCUUCUGUACCAUAGAACCACCCACCAUGGCCAAGCAGGCAGAUCUUGAACAUGCUCUGAAUUGCUUGCAGAGAGAAGAUCCCAGCCUUAAAGUCAGACUUGACCCUGACUCUGGCCAGACCAUUUUAUGUGGAAUGGGAGAGCUGCACAUCGAGAUCAUCCAUGAUCGGAUCAGAAGAGAGUAUGGCAUUGAGACUCACCUUGGACCGCUACAGGUGGCCUAUAGAGAGUCGAUUCUCCACCAGGUCUCUACUACAGAUUUGCUGGACCGUACUGUUGGGGAGAGACGACAUGUUGUGGAAGUUGAGCUGGCUGUUGCACCUCUGGACAUAUCCUUGGGUGCCUCAUGUGAAUUAGCUUUCACAGAGGAGUUGAGGGGGCAGCUAUCACCAGAAAUAAAAGAGGCAGUGGAGAAUGGAGUACACAGCUCAUACCUUCAAGGUCCAUUGCUAGGUUGUCCUUUACAGGGUGUAUCUACUCUGAUCCAAAGUGUUAGCACGGAGCCAGGAACUUCUCCUACCAUGGUGUCAGCCUGUGUGUCCCGCUGCAUGCUGAAGGCUCUGAGGCUAGCAGAAGGUCAGGUCCUGGAGCCAGUGAUGUCCCUGGAGGUGACCGUCGAGGAGGAACGCCUUAGCUCUGUGCUGGGGGACUUAGCCCAAAGACGAGGAACCGUCCGAGACAUUCAGAGUCGUCACGAUAACAAGGUGCUGCUCGCAACUGUGCCGCUGGCUGAGAUCAUGGGCUAUUCCACCAUCCUGCGAACGCUAACAUCCGGCAAUGCCACCUUCUCCUUGGAGCUUGACACCUAUGAGCCCAUGAACCCCCAGGACCAGAGCACCCUCCUCAAAAGAAUGGCUGGACUGUUAUGAUCUGCUGUUCAACAAUAGUGUAGUCCCAAACAAACUUUUCCAGGACUUGCUGUUCAUGAGAUUAAGUCAGUAAAAUACGUUUUAUCGUGUGUAUACCCACUGCAGGGAAACAGUGCAAAAAGUGCACCAUGUUUUUAGCUCAA